AUGUCUUCUAGUAACUUAUUCAAAGCUACUGUUAACGAGCAUUUGGAGGGACUACCAAAACAAGUCCAAUCAAGAUUAUAUGAGGCACCAGCAACAUGUCUAUCGAUUUAUAGAUUAUUACCUCCAAUAGCUAAAUUCUACAUAAUGACAAUGUUAUUUUAUGAAACGCCAGUGGCAUUGAAGGAUUUGGAUAAGUGGUGUAAGCCAACGUCAAGAAAGUUUCAAUUUGACUCGUUAAAGCGAUUGAGGGCCUUGCAUCUCAUCGAGGAAGACAGUAGUGGAUCACAUAUUAGGUUACAUCCCACUUUCAGGCAGAAUUUCCGUGAUUGUCUCACUGGAUCACAAGCUCGUAAUGCAUUUGGUAAUUUAAGCACAACACCCGAUGAACAAAGUGUUAGCAUCAAAUUCUUGGACUCUUUUGCGCUCCAAAAAUGGGAAAGUAUAUUGCAUUUCAUGGUUGGAACCGAACUAAGUGUCACACCUUCGAAUUCUGUGUUAUCAUUGUUAAAACUGGGUGGGUUAAUGGAAGGAACUAACAAAGGUGGAAAUAGGUUAAAUAUCACUAAUUCAGGGUUUCAAUUUUUAUUACAAGAUAUCAACGCCCAAAUCUGGACAUUAUUAUUACAAUAUUUAAAUUUAACGCAAGACUUAAAUAUGGAUCCUGUGGACGUAUUGAACUUUAUUUUCAUAUUAGGCUCUUUGGAGUUGGGUAAAGGGUAUACAGUUUCAAGUUUGAGUGAAACACAAAUAAGUAUGUUGGCAGAUUUGAGAGAUUACGGUUUAAUAUAUCAAAGAUCAGAAAAUUCCGAAAGAUUUUAUCCUACAAGACUAGCCACCACCUUGACCUCCGAUUCAGCGGCAUUGAAGUCCCCGUCUAUGGCUAUGGAACAAGCCUUAGAAUCAACUACUGAAACUGAAGAACAACAAAAUUUGGCAUCCAAUUCAAACCAGGGGACAAUCAUUCUUGAAACCAAUUUUAAGAUUUAUGCAUAUACAAAUUCCCCAUUGGAGAUAGCGAUUUUAAAUCUAUUUGUACAUUUAAAGACUCGAUUCUCUAACAUGGUAUGUGGUCAAAUCACAAGAGAAUCGAUCAGGAAUGCCCUAUAUAACGGUAUUACCGCUGAUCAAAUUAUUAAGUUUUUGGAAACACAUGCUCAUUCUCAAAUGAAGAUACUAGCUAAAGAAAGAUUGGAUAAGAAGAUAGAAUUUGACACUAGCAAUAAUAUUAACACUGCAGGGGGUGCUCCACAGUCACAAAUGAUGACGAAUGAAAAUGGUACUACGGUAGCUCAGCAUAAAUUGGAAGUAUUACCACCAACAGUCGUUGACCAGAUCAAGCUCUGGCAGUUAGAAUUAGAUAGAAUUCAAACAUUUGAGGGAUACUUAUUUAAAGAUUUUGCGAGCCAACAAGAAUUUGAAGCAUUGAGUAAUUAUGCUUCAGAAAUAGGUGUUUUACUAUGGUCAAAUAAGAGUAAAAUGAAGUUCUUUGUUACAAAAGACGGAAUUUCACAGGUUGCUGAUUUUGCUAGUAGAAAUCAAAGAAGGUAA